AUGCUGGCGUCGCGCCAGCGCUCCGCGUCGGCGGAGCAGCAGGCGCUGCGCAAGCUCGCGGCGGAGAACAAGCGCCAGGCGGCGGCGGCCGCCGCCGCCGCGGCCCCGGGGGGCGUCAAAAAGCGGGCCUCCCUGGGGCGCAGCAGCAGCUGCGAAGGCUCCAACCACAGCACCGGCUCUGCGCGGCAGCUGCCGCUGAUGAUGCAGCAGCAGUACCAGCAGCAGUACCAGCAGCAGUACCCGCAGCAGUACACGCAGCAGCAGCAGCAGUCUCAGCAGCAGCAGCAGCAGCAGCAGCAGCAGCAGCAGCCGCAAGGUUACCAUGCUGCGGUCAGCUCGCACGCGGGCGCGGACUACCACGCCCAAGCGCAGGCGCAGGCCGCGGCGUUCUGGCCGGGCAUUGUCGCAGUGGCGGCCACCGCUCAGUACGGCGGCGCCCCCGCGGCGGCCGCUCCCGCGCCGCCUGCCGGCGCCGGCGGGGGCGGCUACUACUAUCAGGCAGGGCGCUUUGAGGCCGCGUUCUUCGAGCAGCUGCAGCACCAGUUUGUCAACCACUACUUGCAGCAGCAGCAGCAGCAGCAGCAGCAGCAGCAGCAGCAGCUUGCGCCCGUGGCAACAGCGGCGGGCGUCGCGCCGGCGUGGCCCGGCGCCGCGGCCGCGAACAUGGGCGGCGCGCAGCCCAUCUGGCGCGCCGCCAGCUUUGGCGGCAGCUCCAACUCGCUUUCCGCGGUGACUUCCGCCCCGCCCGUCGCAGCCGGCCCCGCCGCCGCCGCAGCCGCGGCGGCACCUGCUGCUGAGCCCCGCGCCGAUGACACCGACGGCUUCCACCAACUCCCGGCGUCGCUGCUCGGCGCGGCGCCCGCCAACAGCGGCGACGGCAAUGGUGGCGGCGGCGGGGCAAACGAGGAGGAGGAGGAUUACGAGCUCUGGGCCUCCGCCCGCAUGUGCGGCGGCGGCGACGCUCUGAUGCUCGGGGAUGGUCCUGGGGACAUCGUGUUCUGCUGA